CGUAGGUGGGUGGGGACUGGCAGGCCCCGCCCUGGACCCUCUGGCAGGCUGUGGUCCACGUAGCUGCGGCUCGGGCAGCAGAGCGAGCGCGCGGAGCCCGGGAGGAUGCGGCGCCCCCGGCGGCCUGGGGGUCCCGGAGGAUCCGGGGGUCUUCGGGUGCUCCUCUGCCUCCUACUGCUGAGCAGCCGCCCAGGAGGCUGCAGCGCCAUUAGUGCCCACGGCUGUCUGUUUGACCGGAGACUCUGCUCUCACCUUGAAGUCUGUAUUCAGGAUGGCUUAUUUGGACAGUGCCAGGUGGGAGUGGGGCAGGCUCGGCCCCUUUUGCAAGUCACCUCCCCUGUUCUUCAACGUUUACAAGGUGUGCUCCGACAGCUCAUGUCCCAAGGAUUGUCCUGGCACGAUGACCUCACCCAGUAUGUGAUCUCCCAGGAGAUGGAACGCAUCCCUAGGCUUCGCCCCCCAGAGCCUCAUCCAAGGGACAGAUCUGGCUUGGUGCCCAGAAGACCUGGUCCUGCUGGGGAACUGCUUUUGCAGGCCAUCCCCACUGCCUCUGCCCCUGCUGCCCAGCACCGGCUAACUCAACCUCCAGUGGGUGGGGAUGGAGCUGGGGCGGGCUCUCCACUGACCCCUGUGCAGGCUGAGCUGCUGCCCCCUCUCUUGGAGCAUCUGCUGCUGCCCCCACAGCCCCCCCACCCUGCCCUGAGUUAUGAACCUGCCCUGCUGCAGCCUUACUUUUUCCAUCAGUUUGGCUCCCGAGAUGGCUCCCGGGGCUCAGAGAGCUCCCCAGGGAUGGUCAGUGUCGGCCCCCUGCCCAAGGCCGAACCCCCUGCCCUGUUCAGCAGAACUGCCCCCAAGGGCAUGUUUGGGGCUCACCCUGGCCACUCCUAUGGGGACCCUCCAGGGUCUUCACCUGCUCAGCUUUUCCAGGAGUCAGGGAUGUUCUACCUGGCCCAGGAGCUGCCAGUGCCCAGCAGGGCCAGGGCACCACGGCUGCCAGAGCAAGGGGGCAACAGCCGGGCAGAGGACUUCUCAGAGGAGGAAGGACUCAAGGGUCGUGGGGAGAAGCCUCCUUCCCCAGCAGAGCAGCCAGCAGGUGUGACUGUGCAGAGACUGGCGGCUGUGCUGGCGGGCUACGGGGUGGAGCUGCGUCAGCUGGCCCCUGAGCAGCUCUCUACCCUCCUGACCCUGCUGCAGCUUCUGCCCAAGGGUGCGGGGCGAAAUCUUGGAGGGAAUGUAAACGUUGGAGCUGACAUCAAGAAAACAAUGGAGGAGCAGAUGCAGGGUGGAGACACAGCAGAGCCUCCACCCCCUACACCCUCCCUGCCUGGAUACCCGACUGCCGGCCCCACCUCCAAUAAAGCCCAGCAAGUGCUGAGCUUUGGAACCCCUGAGCCCCCCAAAGCUGCCGGCCCCCCUACCACGCCUGUCCUGAUAGAGAAGAAAAGUCCACUGGGCCAGAGCCAGCCCACAGCAGCGGGGCAGCCUUCGGCUCAGCCAUCAGCAGAGGAGUAUGGCUACAUUGUCACUGACCAGAAGCCCCUGAGUCUGGCUGCAGGAGUGAAGCUGCUGGAGAUCCUGGCGGAGCAUGUGCACAUGUCCUCGGGCAGCUUUAUCAACAUCAGUGUGGUGGGACCAGCCCUCACCUUCCGCAUACGGCACAACGAACAGAACCUGUCUUUGGCUGAUGUGACCCAGCAAGCUGGGCUGGUGAAGUCUGAACUGGAAGCACAGACAGGGCUGCAGAUCUUGCAGACAGGCGUGGGACAGAGGGAGGAGGCAGCUGCCGUCCUUCCCAGACCAGCCCGCAGCACCUCUCCCAUGCGCUCAGUGCUGCUUACUCUGGUGGCCCUGGUGGGUGUGGCUGGCCUGCUGGUGGCUCUGGCAGUGGCUCUGUGUAUGCGGCAGCAUGCACGGCAGAGGGACAAGGAGCGCCUGGCAGCCCUGGGACCCGAGGGGGCCCAUGGCGACACUACAUUUGAGUACCAGGACCUGUGCCGCCAGCACAUGGCCACAAAGUCCCUGUUCAGCCGGGCAGAGGGUCCGCCAGAGCCUUCUCGAGUGAGCAGCGUGUCCUCCCAGUUUAGCGACGCAGCCCAGGCCAGCCCCAGCUCCCACAGCAGCACACCGUCCUGGUGCGAGGAGCCUGCCCAGGCCAACAUGGACAUCUCCACGGGACACAUGAUUCUGGCAUACAUGGAGGACCACCUGCGGAACCGGGACCGCUUGGCUAAGGAGUGGCAGGCCCUGUGUGCCUACCAGGCAGAGCCCAACACCUGUGCCACUGCUCAGGGGGAGGGCAACAUCAAAAAGAACCGCCACCCCGACUUCCUGCCCUAUGACCACGCUCGCAUCAAGCUGAAGGUGGAGAGCAGCCCUUCUCGGAGUGAUUACAUCAAUGCCAGCCCCAUUAUUGAGCACGACCCUAGGAUGCCAGCGUACAUAGCCACACAGGGCCCGCUGUCCCAUACCAUCGCGGACUUCUGGCAGAUGGUAUGGGAAAGUGGCUGCACCGUCAUUGUCAUGCUGACCCCGCUGGUGGAGGAUGGUGUCAAGCAAUGUGAUCGCUACUGGCCAGAUGAGGGCUCCUCCCUCUACCACAUAUAUGAGGUGAACCUGGUGUCGGAGCACAUUUGGUGUGAGGACUUCCUGGUGCGGAGCUUCUACCUGAAGAACGUGCAAACCCAGGAGACGCGCACCCUCACGCAGUUCCACUUCCUCAGCUGGCCGGCAGAGGGCACUCCGGCCUCCACUCGGCCCCUGCUGGACUUCCGUAGGAAAGUGAACAAGUGCUACCGGGGCCGCUCCUGUCCGAUCAUUGUGCACUGCAGCGAUGGUGCAGGGCGGACUGGCACCUAUAUUCUCAUCGACAUGGUACUGAACCGUAUGGCAAAAGGAGUGAAGGAGAUUGACAUUGCCGCCACCCUGGAGCAUGUCCGUGACCAGCGGCCGGGCCUUGUCCGCUCUAAGGACCAGUUUGAAUUUGCCUUGACAGCUGUGGCGGAGGAAGUGAAUGCCAUCCUCAAGGCCUUGCCCCAGUGAGCCCCCUUGAUGGGCAGCCAGCCUCCGUGCCCUCUUUCUUGCCUGUGUGAGCAUCUAUCUGUGUAUCCACUCUUCAGUCCCCCACCUGCAUCUUGGCCCCUUCUGGGCAUGCUCAGCCCUUCCAAGAGGAGUGUGUAAGGAAGGUCGGGGGUGGGGAGUGGGAAGAGGCAGGCCUGACCAGCCUCACGCAUGCCAGAGUCGGGGGCGUCUCAUGGGGGAGCUGGCAGCCAGCCUGCAGGAGGAACGUCAUGGGCAGUCAUUCCACCCAGUUCCUUCUCCUGCUGGAGUUCCCUGGCCCCUACCUCUCGCUAUUCUGGAUGCUCCUGUCUCUGUGGACAGGACACGGUGGAGGGGCUGCCACACUCAGCUCCCCCUGCUUUCCAAGACCCAGCUCCUGCUGCCCUGUCCUGCCUCCCCGACCCACGCUCUGGCUCCCACCCUUCCUACCCUCUCCCUCAGAGCUCCUCUCCCCACCCCACCCCCGCUCUCCCACCACGUGCCACUCAACUAACUCUCUCCCUCUGGCACAGAACAUUUCUAGAAAAAUCUACUUUUGUAUCAGUGUGAAUAAAGUUAGUGUCGUGUGUGCAGCUGCAA